AUGGACCUGAAGAUUGCCUUUUUUCAGGUAAUCAAUCAUUUUAGUACCUGGAUUGCUUCCAGCCUCAGCAUAUUUUAUUUGCUCAAGUUAGUCAAUUUCUCCAGAUUAUUAUUUCUUCACUUGAGGAGGAGAGAGAGAAGAGUAAACAAUUAUAGAAGGGCUGKAAAAAUGAAUAUAAAAGAAACUGAGUUAAAUUUCAUACAUGUGAAAUACUGUUUUCUGCUGUUAAUACUCCUGUGUAAAUUUUUCAGGAAGAUGCAGCUCUAUGGCACAGGGUCCCAAGAUCCCAGCAUCAAGUUUCAUAUGAAAACCUGGCAAACUGUGAUCUCCUUUCUCUUAUUAUCUGCCAGGUACUCUCCUUCUGCAACUACAUUGGGUUGGAAUUCUAACAGGCUGUUGAUGCACUGA